AUGUGCAGCUUCGGCUCAAGCUCAACAGCUCUUCGGGAAGUGCAUUGGGGUGUUCCGCGACCCUCCUUGAGAGGAAAAAAAUUAAUACUUACACAAGUCCUCGCCCGGCUACUUUGCGACUGCUGUUGUUUCCCCUCUUCCUCAACUUUGCUUCCUCCCUCCUCCUUCUCUCUCUCUCUCACACAAGUCUCUCUCACCUCACUAUACAUAUACACGCCCAUAUAUAUAUACAAACUACGGUGCUGUAUCUUGCCCUACAGCACUCUCUCCCUCACUGUCCAAUCGUUGUUUGCAGGUGCUCUCCUCCCGGCGCCCGCAUACAUACACAUUUGGACGCAUUUAGUAUCGGAAGAUUGCUUUUGA